UUGGGCUAAAUUGGUUUGUCCCAUACGGGACCUCCCUUGUCCCGUAUAUUUAUCCAAUCACAGUACAGUGUAAACGCGCCAAUUCCUGCAAAGUAAUUUCUGUUAUUGUUCGGUCGGUUUGGCAGAUCAAGGAAAUAUGGAUAAACAUGCAAAAAAGACUGUGCAGCUACAACAAACAAUGUGAAGCAAAAAAGACGUGAGUUAAGCCCGUCAGUGGUAACUCGACGAAAGCUUUCUGUACUUUAUGCGUCGGGAAUUCUCAAUUGGUCAUGAAGGGGAGAAUGCCCUAACUCAGCAGGCCACGCUAGCUAAAAGUGCUAGCAAUAUUGGUGCAUUCUUCGUGACGUCUACUGCGGAAACUGACAUAAUGGGAAAACACCUCUCCGUUUACCAGUUAUUGAGCAGUGCCAACAAUCGCAUUCUGAAAGCUAAUUGCCCAGCUCACAUAGCUCAUAAUGCCUGCAAGCACGCCUGCGAUCAGCUGUCAGUGGAUAUUGAGACAAUUGUUUUACAGAUCUACAGGCACUUAUCAGUAUCUGCUUCCCGAAGAGAGGAACUUCGUGCAUUUUUUUGCCUUUGUUGACACUGAGUGGCGUGAAAUCCUGCGACAUGUUUGCACACGAUGGCUCUCGCUUCAUCCAGCUGUCCAUCGUCUCCAGCAAAGCUGGCCAGCUCUUACAUCAUACUUCAGGUCCCUUGGAGAGACCUGUCCUGUGGAACUGAAGAGUAUUUUUGAGUAUGAAGAAAAAACGGAAGCUGCUGAGAUUUAUCUGUGCUUUUUCCACAAAGUGGGUGUGUUUUUGACCAACUCGUAAAAAAGCUGGAGGAAACAAUGCUUUCCAUCACAGAUGUUUUACGAGGAAGUCCAAAAGUUCCGAAUUUAAGAUGCUUCAGCUGAAACAGGACAGUUUUUUUCUCUGAUACCAGACCAAGCAGCUGAUGGACAAACAAUUGUCAGCACAAAUGUCCAAGCAGCAAGAGGACUUUGAAGUUCUAUGACACUGUCAUUACAUUACAAGUGGUUUGAUUUCUCACCAGAAAAUGUAAUGGUGAAACUUAUCGGCCUCUAUGAGGAGCUCUCCUUCACUGACCUGGAGCAGGUGGCGGUUGCCCUCAAAAUGACAGAGACAGUCAGUAUGGACCAACUCUAUGAAGAGUUUUGUGCUAGCUGGGAGGAAAUACAGAAAGCCAGACAGGAUACCACAAAAUCCACCAGUGAGAAGCAGGUGGCAGUUUACCAAAACCCAGGGAAAGCCAACUUGAUCAACAUCUUCAGGAUUGUCUCAUUUGUCCUCAGUGUGCCAGACUCAAAUGCCUUUGUAGAGAGGAUUUUUUGUCUGAUGACCAUUAAAUGGUCAGACUCAAGAAACCAAUGUAGCACAGAGCUGAUCAAAAAUGAACUUCAAAUAUCUGGGAACUGUGACUUGUCAUGUAAUGACUUCUCUCUGGCUAUGCAAGAGGACUGCUUGAAUCAGUCAAGCAUGUAGCCUUGCAGGUGAGAUGGCGGUGAGGCGAAGGAUCUUUAACUCGACCAGACCGUUCUCAGGGUCACCCCAAAUAGAGCUGAAGGGGUCUUACGCAAGCCUCCCCAGCCCAGAAGACAGGACGAGUGACGAGGAGGGGAAGGAGAGCAAAGGGGACUUCAUGCCUUGUUUAAAACCCAGAAUAAUUCAAGUCCUAACGAAGGGCACAGCAGAACAAGUGGGUGAAGCAGGUCCACUGAACUAUCAGAAGAACUCGUUCAUAGCCCAGGCUGAAUGUGAAACCCAAGACUCUCAGCAGUUCAGCCCUUCCUGCUCCGAACGCUCCUUUGUCGCGUCCCCCAACUGCUUAAUCAACCGGGACUCAUCAGAGCACAACAAUGUGGCGUGUUCCACCGCAGCCUCCAACCAUGACAAACCAGGCUCCCCGGCCCACUGCUCACCCAGGAAGAAGCCAAGGAAGAAACAGAAGAGGAAGGAGGAGAAAGAGGAGCAGAGGGAGACAGGGAAGCAGAGACAGAGACGUAGAGUACCUUCUGGUGUCCCUGAGCAGGAGACCCAGACUGGCAGUUCUCCUCAACUGAUCCAGACCCAGCAGGACGCUUCAGAGCACCAAAGUAACAUCAGCACUUCAUACAGUAGCAGUAUCCCGAGUUUAGAGGCGCAUGACACAAGAUGCCCCCCUUACCCCCUCCAGGACUGCAACAGGGGCCCCAGCCAUUCCCACCUCUACUGGGGCCCCCAGGUGUUUAGCCCCCCCUCCAACCUUUCCACCUAUGGGCAGGAGAGUGACUCAGACUCUCCUCUCAGCAGUGUGGGAGACUGUUCAUUGGCCCUAGCAGGGCUCAGGGGCAGUGUCAGUCAGGAAGACCGAUGCUAUGCAGGUCCCUUCUGCAAAGACUUCUGCAAAGACGUGGAAAGGGAUGUCAGGGAGAAGGAGGGAGACGUCUCAGAGACUGACACCAACGAGGGCCUGAUCUUCAAUGAGAAUAUUCAGCCUGUGAAUUAUGAGUACAGGGAGGGGAAGGACUACAGCCUCUGCAAGUCUAUCAGCACAGGGUCAUACGGGGAAGUGCACAGUGUGCAAGACAACAGAACACACUUCAGAUUUGGCGCCAAAAAGAUUCUCCUGAAGAGUUUUAGUAGUGAGGAAGUGGGUACGUGGAGUGCCCUGAAGUCUCCUCGCGUGGUGGAACUCUUCGGAGUGAUCAGAGAGGGGCCCUACGUUGUCCUCUUCAUGGACCUCAAAGCUGGCUCUGUGGGUCAGCUUAUUAAAGAGAGGGGUCGGCUACCUGAGGACCUGGCCCUACACUACCACUGUCAGGUCCUGGAGGCGCUGGAGCACCUGCUGAAGAGACGAGUGCUGCACCUGGACAUAAAGGCGGACAAUGUGUUGCUGUCAGAGGAUGGGAGGGACACUUUUCUGUGUGACUUUGGACACUCGGAGAGAACGGACAUCGGUGGACAGAGCCUAAGUGCAUCCCAAGGAGAUCUGAAGGGGACAGAGACACACAUGGCCCCGGAGAUUGUGAAAGGGGAAACCCGCCGCGGAGCCAAAGCAGACGUGUGGAGCAGCUGCUGCAUGUUACUGCACAUGCUCAAUGGCUGCCAGCCCUGGACACGAUACUACUCCCGCCCACUGUACUUCAAGAUAGCCAAUGAACCACCGCCUCUGAGGGAGAUCCCGCCCGAUUGCAGUCAAUUCACUGCUGAUGUCAUAAAGGUGGGACUACAGAAGGAGCCAACCAAGAGGGCCUCCGCCUCGGAGCUCAAGGGAAGAGCAGCCAGAGCUCUGAGUGAAGUGGGAGGACUCAGCAGCCCCAUCAGAGGGUCCUAUAAGGAGCCUCUACAGAUAGAUGACAGCCCCAGCCAGUCUAGCCAGCCCUGGCCUCCCUUUAGCAGAGACACCUGCUCUGAGGAGAGCCCUGAGCUAUGGCUGGAAUCCAUGAACCCAGGGAGCAGGGAGCUGAACAAUGAUGAGGAGGAGGAAGGCAGUGAGGCAGACACAGAGGAGACAGCCUCACCUCGCUCUCUACUGACACAACUUCAUGAAUGGCGAAAUCCCAAGAUGGCCGACGUCACCUCCAACGUAUCGGAGCUUGAACUGCGCAAACUGGAGAGAGAGUUCUACCUGACCAGUCUGUCUCAGCUGCACUCAGCAGAAACCCAGGAGCAGCUACUGUCCUGCCUGAGCAGCAGUGACUGUUACUCCAACAGGGACUUAUGGGACAGAAAGGACUCUGGCCGUUGGUCCAUCAGCCAAGGUGAUGACCUCAGCUCUGGCGUGUUCUCCUACAACAGCCAACCGGACGGACAGAUUCUUAGUAUGGACUGGCUGGUUCACCAAAGCCACCUGUCUCCACCCCGAUGCUUUGAGGGAGUUGACGUCUGCAUCACAGACGUAAAUGGCCAAAGCAUCCGGGUCCGAGAGAAACGCAGGGUGAAGGUGGGCCACAUCGCCACGGGGAUCAGCGACCAGAUCUCUGAGAGGGUGUUCACCAUGGAGACUCAGGAGCAGGAGCCAGUUGCCCAUGAUGAGGAGGUACAGGACUCUGGCCUCCUGCUCUGCUGUGUCCCUGCUCCUGACUACUGCCAGGCCUGGAGAUGGAGGGUCAAGGAGGGGGUGCUGGAGACUCGUGACUGAGCCAUCAACUCCCCCAACUCAUCAGUAGCAGUCUCAUCAAGCAUCAGGACUGUGAACUCACUCUUGUACGCCUGUCUCAGUAUAUCCUGCUUUUUAUCAAACUGGGUGUAAUGUCUAAUCCUCGUAAGGAUCGUACCCUUUGUUUCAAUUUUUGCCUAAAAUGACAUACCCAAAUCUAAUUGCCUGUAGCUCAGGACCUGAAGCAAGGAUAUGCAUAUUCUUGAUACCAUUUGAAAUGAGACACUUUGAAGUUUGUGGAAAUGUGAAAUGAAUGUAGGAGAAUAUUAACAGCAGGGGUUCAAACUUUUGAACCCAGUUCCUACAUUGGAGUAUAAAAAUGUAUUUUAUCAAACAAAACUAUGCUCAAUUUUAUCUCUGGGACCCUCAUGAUGACAAAUCAGAGCAAGAUUACUGAAUGUAAGUACAUUAUUUACCUUCAGAGGUGAAUGUGACAAGUUUUUUGUUGUUGUGCACUCUCAAACAAUAGAAUGGUAUUUCUCACUGUAAUAUAUACUGUAAAUUGGACAGUGCAGUUAGAUUACCAAGAAUUUAAGCUUUCUGCACAUAUAAGACGUAUGUCCUGGAAAGUUGGAUGUUACUUCCGUCAUUCUAGUCACAUUAACAACAAUCGUCACGGUAUUGGGACACCGAUCCCAGAGGAUAAAGGGACAAAUGUCAUGUUUCUUAUAAAUGGAUAUCCCUGUAUAUUACAGGAGCACACACACGUGUGGUGUUUGUGUUCUCUUUAGAGAAAGUGGUUCAUGUGAAUAAGCUACAACUGCCUUUCUCAAAGUAAGGUAUGGAAAGUCCAACAAUCCUGUAAACCUAGCAUCAUUUUAUACACCUGUCCAAAAAUGACAGCCCUUUUCUGUACUUAGCUAGAGCACACCCAACAAUUGCACUGAGCCAAUAGGAUGUUAACAUCUCAACCCUGUGUACCAUACAGUAACAUGGAAUCAUGUCAUGAAAUAAAAGCUCUACUCUGGAGAA